UUGGUUUGCUACAUGACGUUUCCUUUGUAACAACUUCGUUAUACGACGCGACAUUCGAGCGAAACGCAUUGCGUCGUCGCGAGAUAAGAAUUUUUCAUCAGAUCCAGGGAACGAGUCUUCAAUAUAAAAGCCAGUGCGCGAUCUCGCUGUAUAUCAGCAAGAUGUUACGAAGCUUCGUUUCCUGCUUUCUUCUCGUGGGAGCAUCCUUCCUGGUACGACCGGCUUCCCUUCUUGACCCUCGAAUAGUGGGAGGCACGCCAGCUGACAUAAGGCAGCAUCCUUAUCAAUUGAGCCUCCAGCGAACUUCCCAUACUUGCGGAGCCGCCGUCAUCAGUAAUAAAUGGGUCGUCACUGCGGCUCAUUGCGUCAGUUUGGGCGGCGUUUACAGACUGAACGCAGGAAGUAACGACAAAUACGGGGGCGUCUAUUACCGAGUUAAAAGGGUCGUUCGACACCCCAAUUACGAUAGCCUGACGAUCGAUUACGAUAUCGCCCUCCUGGAGGUCGACGGCGAAAUCAGAUUUAACGAUAGGGUGCAGCCAGUGAAGCUGGCGGAAAAGGAACUCGCGAACGGCGUUACGGUGAACGUUACCGGAUGGGGCGCGGUGACGCCGGGCGGAGGAGCGUCACCUGUGCUAAUGAAAGUGUCGCUCCCGAUCGUGGACAGAAGGACGUGUCGGAGUAAAUACAUGUUCACCCACGUCAUCACCGACAGGAUGAUCUGCGCGGGUGAUCUGCGUCGGGGUGGCAAGGAUUCGUGCCAAGGCGAUUCGGGCGGACCCCUCACCGCCGACGGCACCCUCUACGGAAUUGUGUCCUGGGGAUACGAAUGUGCUCGGCCGGAUUAUCCCGGCGUUUACACCAACGUCGCGGAUCUCCGCUGGUGGAUAAAAUGGAUCAGCGGUGUUUCCUCUCUUCUGUCCGUAAACCAUUCCGCGCAACGCGAUCCUCGUAAUCUCACACGUUGUUCGUGUCGUGAGACUGAUCAAGCAGCAAUGUCCAAGAGAAUUAUCCUGCUCUACGUCUUGUGGUUGGCGUACACCGUUAAUACCGAGAAGCAGCAAUAUGUGGACAUCGAGGAUUAUCCGUACCACGUAUCGAUCCAGAUUGCCGGGCAACACGUAUGCAGCGGCGCGUUCAUACACGAGUCCUGGAUUAUAACCGCGGCGUCCUGCAUUUUCAGGGAAAAACCGUCAGCAAUAUCGGUGCGUGUUCGUACCUCAUUUAUCUCGACGGGCGGCGAUGAAUUGGAAAUAAGCAAUCUCGUGGUGCACAAGCGCUUCGACAAGUACCUGUAUUUCAACGACAUAGCGCUGAUGAAGCUGAAAACCCCCGCGGAGUUCGGAGAGAAGCUGCUCCCCAUCGCGCUACCUGAGAGGAAGGAAGAAAGGGUCCCGGAUGGAACGCACUGCGUGGUGACUGGCUGGAAACGCACUCUGGAUACCAGCUCGGCCGGGCCCACCACCACCAGGAGUCAGCUCGCGGCGGCCGUUGUGGCGACCGUAAAUCAGCGUACGUGCAAGGCGACGAUGCCGAGGUACAAGCCGCUGUCUAAGGAGAUGCUGUGCGCCGUUAACUUGACCCUUCCGUCGGAAACGUGUCAGGGUGAUUUGGGUGCACCUCUGGUAUCGGAGCAGACACUGAUUGGUAUCCUAUCCUACGGAUUAGGGUGUGAGAGCAAGGAGCAUCCGGGAGUCUACACUAGAGUCAGCAGCUACUUACCUUGGAUCUUCACGAACUCUGGUAUAUCGCAGUCCAACGACAAAUACGACGUAUAAGAUCAUUACAGCCGACGCCAACUGGAAUUAACUGCAAAUUAUGCUAUCGUAUCAGUAAUAUAAUAUCAAUAGGAUAAUAAUUCGUUGUUAAUAAUUCCGCAAAUAUUUCUGCGAACGCACGUUCAGGUCUCCGACGUUUUAUCUCCGCUGGCGAGAGAUCUGCCGGGCAGAUUUGAUGCGAUCGUACGAUGUAGUUAUGACAUUCAAAUGGAAUUGCUCGUGCCUGUUUCUCUUCCUCCCUGCGCGAUAUCGUGCAGCAUUACACGCGUGUGUAUCCCGAGGACGAAAGUAGCCGUUUGGGUACGGACGGACGACUACUGAAGCUCGAACAUUACGCGGCUUCGCCGAUACUUGAUAUGCAUAUUCAUAAAGAUUUAACGUAGCGCGGCAACGGACCAGCAAACAAUUAUCCCGAGCUGCUGCGUGCGUACUCGCUCGUUGAUAAAGUCCAUGAAUGCAGUACCUCGAGCAUGCCAUUUAAAUGAAGCGCCGGUGGCGAGCGUCCCGUACUUCCGAUUCGUGGUGUGGCUUAAUUGUCACGUUUCGGAAAUAUCCGACGUAUGACACGCCGCCGCGGAAGCCGAUUGAUUUUCCGUUAAUAUAUUUAUACAUAUAGCUAUAUAUUUUGUCGCAUGUCCUAUGAAAAGGAUUAAAGUUCAUACGGAUUCGAUGCCUGCAAUUUGCCGUCCUUUUGAGAGCGCGCAUUGAUGCGGGGAUUGAUCGAUUUGACAUCCUUUUAACGGCCAUUAAAGUAUUAAAACGACGCAUUUUUAAUCUUUCUCCCCGCGCGGAUGUGCACUCCCGACGGAAAAGGCAGUCAAUAGAAGUUACUAAUAGUUUUAGUCAAUAGAAGCAUAGUAAUAGUUUUAUAGCCGAAAUAAAAACGCGGGCAUUCCUGCA